AUGGGUUUGUUAAUGAAAGCUACCGCAGCAAGACAGUUCUCUACGACGAGAAAUCUUGCUAAGAAAUUAAAUAAAUAUUCAUAUGUGAUCACUGAACCCAAAGGUCAAGGUGCUUCCCAAGCUAUGCUUUACGCUACAGGGUUCAAAAAAGAUGAUUUCAACAAGGCUCAAGUUGGUGUUGGUUCAUGUUGGUGGUCCGGUAACCCAUGUAAUAUGCAUCUUUUAGACUUAAACAAUAGAUGUUCCGCAUCCAUUGAAAAGGCUAACUUGAAAGCUAUGCAAUUCAAUACAAUCGGUGUUUCUGAUGGUAUCUCUAUGGGUACUAAAGGUAUGAGAUAUUCCCUACAAAGUAGAGAAAUCAUUGCUAACUCUUUUGAAACUAUCAUGAUGGCUCAACAUUACGAUGCAAACAUCGCUAUCCCAUCUUGUGACAAGAACAUGCCAGGUGUCAUGAUGGCUAUGGGGAGACAUAAUAGACCAUCUAUUAUGGUUUAUGGUGGUUCCAUUUUACCAGGUCAUCCAACUUGCGGUUCAUCCAAGAUCCCAGAAAAAAUUGAUGUUGUUUCCGCUUUCCAAUCAUAUGGUCAAUAUAUCUCUAAACAAUUCACUGAAGCUGAAAGACGUGACGUCGUCGAACAUUCUUGUCCAGGUCCAGGGGCUUGUGGUGGUAUGUAUACUGCUAAUACUAUGGCUUCCGCAGCUGAAGUUUUGGGUAUUACUUUACCGAAUUCUUCAUCCUUCCCAGCUGUCUCUCAACAAAAAUUAGCUGAAUGUGAUAACAUCGGUGAAAGUAUCAAGAAGACUAUGGAAUUAGGUGUCUUACCUCGUGAUAUCUUCACUAAGAAAGCAUUCGAAAACGCAAUUACUUAUGCUAUUGCUACAGGUGGUUCUACCAACGCUGUUCUACAUUUGAUUGCUGUUGCUCAUUCUGCAGGUGUUAAGAUUACACAAGAUGACUUCCAAAGAAUCAGUGAUAAGACCCCAUUAUUAGGUGAUUUCAAACCAUCCGGUAAGCAUGUUAUGGCCGAUUUACUAAAUGUUGGUGGUACUCAAGCUGUCAUUAAGUUCUUAUAUGACAACGGGUUCAUGCAUGGUGACACAAUUACAGUUACUGGUGAUACUUUGGCUGAACGUGCCGCUAAAGCUGCUCCUCUACCAAAGGAUCAAGAUAUUAUUCGUCCAUUAUCCAAUCCAAUUAAACCUACAGGUCAUUUGCAAAUCCUUUACGGUUCUUUGGCUCCAGGUGGUUCCGUUGGUAAGAUUACUGGUAAAGAAGGUACUUACUUCAAAGGUAAAGCUCGUGUCUUCGAUGAAGAAGAUGCAUUCAUUACAGCUUUAGAAAAUGGUGAAAUCAAGAAGGGUGAAAAAACUGUGGUUAUUAUUAGAUACGAAGGUCCAAAGGGUGGUCCAGGUAUGCCAGAAAUGUUGAAACCUUCUUCUGCAUUAAUGGGUUACGGUUUAGGGAAAGAUGUUGCAUUAUUAACUGACGGUAGAUUCUCUGGUGGUUCCCACGGUUUCUUGAUUGGUCAUAUUGUUCCAGAAGCUGCUCAAGGUGGUCCAAUUGGUUUAGUUAAAGACGGUGACGAAAUUGUUAUUGAUUCCGACAACAAUAAGAUUGAUUUAAUGGUUAGUGAAGAAGAAAUGGCCCAACGUAAAUCCCAAUGGGUUGCUCCAGCUCCACGUUAUACUAGAGGUACUCUAGCUGGUUACUCCAAAUUGGUUUCAGACGCCUCUUUGGGUUGUGUCUUGGACGCUGACGACGCUGAUGUGUAA